AUGGCGGCGACAACAGACGCUCGUCCGGAGCGGACGGCGCAAGUCAGAAUACACUUGACGACACGCAGCGAUGACAUACAGUUGCCGGAGACUGGACCUAUCCUCGUACCUACGGAACUACGUCGCUACCAACUGUCUACCCUUGUGAACCGGCUGCUGGAGACAACACAACCCGUGCCUCUCGAAUUCUUGAUCAACGGCCAAUUCUUACGGACCUCUCUCGAUGAAUUUCUCACCCAGAACGGCAUCAGCGCGGAGACGACGGUCAACGUCGAGUAUGUCAGAGCGCUAAUACCGCCGCUGCAUGUUGCGUCCUACGAGCAUGACGACUGGGUAUCUUCUGUGGACGUGCUAUCGAAUACCGCAAAGGCGAUCCGGAUGCAAGAAUCCAAACGAAAGGCUCUCUAUGCGCCACGAAUCCUCUCUGGAUCCUAUGAUGGCAUGCUCAGGAUAUGGAACGAAAGUUCCGAAGUGGUGGCAACAGGCACAGCGCACACGUCCGCCGUGAAAGCUGCGAAGUUCCUCACACCGACUGUAGUUGUGUCUGCAGGCAUUGAUCGUACCGUUCGGAUAUGGAAACACGACUAUGCCGAGACUGGCUACGAAAAGGGCUCUCUGGCCCCAACACUCGAGCUUUACGGACACAAGUCAUCCAUCGAGAACCUCGCGGUCCACACUCGAACUUCCCGCAUUCUAUCCGCUUCUUCAGAUCACACCAUCGGGCUGUGGAGCAACCGAAAGAACGACCUCCCUGCAGCAGCUGAGUCGCUUCUACCGAUCGCCAACAAGCGCCGCAAGCUUUCGAACGCCCAGCAAUGUCCCCAACGAGGACCGUUGAGCCUACUCCAAGGCCACCAGAGCCAAGUCUCGGACGUCUGUUUCGACGAGAAAGAUGACACGGUCGCUUACUCGUCCUCUUGGGACCACACGGUCAAGACAUGGGAUCUCACGACAAGUGCAUGCGUUGAUACCAGAACUACGUCGCAGAGCCUGUUCAGUAUCUGCCACCUCUCCGAUGCAGGCCUUCUCGCCACCGGAACCUCCGCACGGCACAUCAGCCUCAUCGAUCCGCGAGCAUCUGCUACGACCAUCUCAGCCAUGACAUUACGUGGACACACCAACGCCGUCGUCUCACUCGCCGAAGACCCUAGGUCACCCCAUCAACUAGUGUCAAGCAGCCAUGACGGCACAUGUCGCGUCUGGGAUCUUCGCUCGGUCAAGCAGGGAUCUGGUACUGAGCGGACAGGAGAGAGCGUGUAUGUCAUCGAACGAAACAGUGCGAAGGGUAGGACGAAACGACCGGAAGCGGGUGAUGGGGUGAAGGUGUUUGGGGUGUGCUGGGAUAGUACUGUGGGGAUUGUGAGUGGUGGGGAGGAUAAGAUGGUGCAGAUUAAUAAGGGGGGGGAGUGA